AUUUUGCGUACACGUCGACUCGCCAUUUCCUUAUGAACUUCUACCACACCGCUUCCUAGCCAGGUUGCAUGCAUGUAUAGCGCAUGCUCUUCCAAUUCCACAGGAACGGGUUUAAGCGGAAAUAGCACCCGACUCCGUUCUUUUAUUAUCCUGGCUUGUCCUUUAACCACUUGCACAGCUUCUCCAAGCCAUAUUUGGGUUGAUUCGUGGCCGGUUUGACGAGAUCGAGAUCUCGCUGUGUGGGGGGGUGCGAACACUUGUGGGAUCCAACUUCACUUUUGGUUCACCAAAAUGUCAGAUACAGCCUCGACACAUACCGCUAGACAUAGCGAUGGCAAAAGGAGCCAUGACGACCACUCCCCAUUGGAGCGCAAGAUGUCCCAGGCCGCUAGAGAACGGCAUGAUGCCGAUAUACCCUCUGGCAUCGGCUAUGUUCUAAACGAGGAAGACAGUGCAGAUGUGGAGAAGGGAACCACGACGACAGACGAGGAGAAUGACCCCAACAUUGUCUGGUGGGACAACGAAGAUGAUCCUGAGAAUCCCUAUAACUGGUCUACGACACGCAAAGUCCUCAACUGCGGCUGCGUGAGCUUCCAGACAUUCAUAUCGCCACUGGCAUCCUCCAUAUUUGCACCAGGUGUCCCUCUUGUCCUGCAGGAGUUCAACUCGACGUCGCCCGAGAUUGCAACCUUCGUGGUCUCGGUAUACUUACUCGGGUUCGCCGCUGGUCCUAUCGUCCUCGCGCCCCUAUCCGAGAUUUACGGCCGUGUUCCCGUCUACCACGCCUGCAGCGUCGGCUUUGUGGCCUUCCAAAUCGCCUGUGCGUUGGCCCCUAGUCUCAACUCGCUCAUUGCUUUCCGAUUCCUGGCAGGACUAUUUGGUGUCGCACCUGUGACGAACGGCGGCGGCACGAUUGCCGACAUGAUCCCGCAGAAGCAUCGAGGCACCGUCUUGGCCGUUUAUAGUGUCGGUCCCCUCCUUGGCCCUAUCGUCGGCCCCAUCGCCGGUGGCUUUCUUUCUGAUGCGAAAGGUUGGCGGUGGAAUUUCUGGGUCCUAGCCAUCGUCGGCGGGUUUAUCACGAUCGUCAUGCUCUUCGUCAUGAGGGAGAGUUUCGCGCCAGUGAUCCUCCAGAGAAAGACAGAAAAGUUGCGCAAGGAGACUAAUAACGAAUUGCUGCGCUCCAAGUUGGACAUUGGGCUAUCACCGAGUGACUUCUUUAAGCGUAGCGCCAUCCGUCCAGCUAAGUUGUUUAUCUUUUCACCAGUCGUCUCCAUCACGGCACUGUAUACCUCCCUUACGUACGGAUAUCUUUAUAUACAGUUCACCACCAUGACCGAAGUUUUCCAGGGGCAAUACGGCUUUUCUACCAAUCUCGUCGGCCUUUCCUUUAUAGGACUAGGUGUUGGAAGUUUGAUAGGCGUUUUCCUCUAUAGCACUACAUCGGACAAAUACACUGCUAGGAAAGCCGCAGAAGCGGACAAAAUAGCUGAAGAAACGGGUACAGAGAAGAAGGGCAUGAAACCUGAGUAUCGUCUCCCGCUCCUCCCCGUCGGUGCUGUCCUCCUGCCAAUAGGCCUCUUCAUCUACGGUUGGCCGACGCAAUACAAGGUUCAUUGGAUCGUACCCAUCAUCGGAACUGGACUUACAGGCAUCGGAAAUAUCCUAGUUUUCUUCUCGAUACAGACGUACCUCGUCGACGCUUUCACUGUUUAUGCCGCUUCUGCGCUGGCGUCUAACACCGUUAUCAGAUCAAUUGCCGGAGGUCUCUUGCCGCUGGCCGGUUUGAGGUUGUACGAAAGACUCGGGUAUGGCUGGGGUAAUAGUCUGCUUGCAUUUAUUGCCAUCCUCUUCUUGCCUGUAGCGUACGUAAUUCUCAAGUACGGUGAGACUCUGCGCGAGAAGUAUGCGAUUAAGAAUUUAUGAUCUAGACCCUUUAGAUAUAAGACAAAAAUUAUACAUAUAUCUUAUAAUUGUA